AACGAAAUUGGACACGCAUCCGGCCGCGAAAUGGUCGUGGGCCAGACUGGCGCGUUGCAUCGACGCGUCCCACGAAAAUUUCGCGGCACACUCUGGCGGCGGCGAAGGGCGCAGGCGCCCCCAACGUCCGGUGGCGGCAAGCCGACUCCGGAUUUUCUCUCUAGUGUCGCGUCAACUGCCGCUCGAGAGUCGUGGCGCGUCGUCGUUCACCCUGACUCGACUCGAAUCCAACCCUCCCUCUCCAUUCCCUCUCGACGCGCGCUCUUCGAGAGAGAGAGAGAGAGAUAUUCCUCGUCCUCGAGUCGAUGCAACGCCAUGGAUUCGAGGUGGUUCGAGGCGCGAUUUUAAAACGCGGUUUUGUAAAACACCUCGCUCGUCCCUCCUUCCCGCGUCCCAAUUAUGAGGGAGAAAGGUUACGGUUGUUGAGCCGCGGCGGACGAGAAGGAUCGGAUGGGUGUCGACACGUGUGUGUUUAUGUUUAUAUACUCGAACGACUUUCGCGUACCUCGAAUCGGUCGUUCCUCGAAUAAUAUCGUCGAGCGCCAAACGUAAACACGCGCAAAUGUAACACUCGUACCACGUAUAUUUAUUGCGGGGACGGGGUUCGAGAUUCGCAGUCGGAGAAGUUUCGUCGUUCGACUCGCUCGACACGACGACGCGAAGGAAUUUCUUGCGGGCGAGGGGCGAAAAAAUCGAGGGUGUGUGCACGUGUGUGUAUGUGUGUGUAAAGAAUCGGGGACGAUCGGAGGAAAGUGCGUCGACUAUGAAUUGGUUGUGGAAAGUGCGAGCUGCCGUGAAUUCAGCGGAGACGUCGCCCGGCUGUGAAGGAAUGCUCGUGUCGGGCGCCGAAGCACGAGGGACUUAACGUAAUCUUUAACGUAAUGAUGCAGAGAGCGGUGCUACUGCUCUGUUGGCUGCCGCUCCUCGACCACUGCCACGCCGUGAAUCCAGGUUGCUCUUGCGUCGUCUACAGCAGCUCGGACAGACCUCAAGGUGGCACGUUCACAUCGCCUUAUUACCCAAAGCCAUAUCCGUCGAAUAUCGAUUGCCUCCUUUACACGUUCAUCGGUCAACCCGACGAAAUCGUCAAGCUGACGUUUCAUCACUUCAAUAUCCGCCGCGCCCGAUCAGACUGCGUGGGUGGCGACUUUUUAAAAGUGUUUCUACAUCUGGAGGCGAGCGGCGUUUCCGAGUACACCCCGUGGUCAGGUGUGCUUUGCGGGGAUCUACGCGACAUCCCCCAGGUCCUCUACAGCUCGAGGUCCACGCUUAUCUUGGAGUUUCACACGCAGGAAUCCUCGUCCGCUAAUGCGACCGGCUUUUUUGGAAAUUUCCACUUCAUCGACAGGCGCCUGUUCGAGACGGACGGCGUGUUGAUUCCCGGCACGAUGUGCGACCUCGAGUUUGUCAGCUCGCAAUCAAAACGGCAAUACGGCCGCUUCUACUCGCCACGCUACCCGUCCUCCUACCCAAAGAACAUCCGGUGCUCGUACCUCUUCCGGGCAAGGUUAAAGGAGAGGAUACGUUUAUUUUUCGAGGAGAUUUCUUUACAAAAGGGAGACUUGAGUUGCCUGAAUAGAGCGGAUUUAAUCAGAGUGCACGACGGUACGGAUUCAGGGGCUGCCACAAUAGCUAUGCUGUGCAACCAAGGAGCGGAAGUGGAAGUGCUCAGCACAGGGUCGGACCUGUACGUCGAGUUCGUCGCUAAUUCCGAGUGGCCGGGCCAGGGUUUCAAGGCGAUGUUCCAAUUCCAGCCAUUCGACGAUGCACCGCAUCCCGAGGCGGACAAGGUCGUCCCAGGGGCCGUUACCGGUAACCCCAAGUACUCGGUCAUCGGACCGGCUGUCAGCGCUACCACGUCACUGUGCGAUAUCGUUUUCAACAGCGACACGACGAAGACGGGUGUGGUCACGUCGCCCGGAUACCCGAAUCCUUAUCCACCGAGGACUCACUGUACAUACGAGUUCCAGGGGCGGGGAAGGAACGAGUCCAAUUGGUAUUCCACGACCUCAACUUGUAUCAUACGUCCAACGCGGCCAACGAACUUUGGUAUUACGACGGGGCGACAAGAGGCGCAAUAUCCCUGUGCCUUUGUAUACAACAGCAACGAGACACGAAACGGCACGUUCACGUCGCCCAAUUACCCGGGCUUGUAUCCACGCGACACCGAAUGUCACUUCUUCAACGGCCAGCCGAACGAGCGAAUCCAUCUUCAUUUCCACUUCUUCGAUGUCGAGGGUGUGAUGCCGUGCGAGCCAGUGUCCGCGAGCGACUUCGUCGAAUUUUCGAAUUUCAUGUCGAGGGACAGGAAGUACUCGAGGCACUGCGGCCAACAGAAGGAGUUCGACGUGAACAGCGACAGAAAGUUCUUUCGCGUGACGUUCAAGAGCAACGAUAGAUACGAUGGGACAGGAUUCAACGCUAGCUACGUGUUCAUGGAUGACGAGGGAAAUUACACGACCAAGCCGCCUACGAGUAACGCGUCAACGUUGAAAGGUAAAAAAACUGAAACUUCCUCGACUUUUUCCCCCUCCACCGCAACUAACAACUUUCUUCCCGGCACUCCAGUUUUUUUUACGCCUCUCCCUGCGUAACACAAUCCCGCGUAC